AAAAAGGAAGCUCGAGAAGCUCGUCAAUGGCGGAUUGGAUUUUUCGUUAAGCAGUCAAAUCGAGAAAGCGAAGGAGAACAAAAAAUAAAAAUAGGAAAGAAAAAGUUUUGUUGAAGAAUAAAUCGUGGAUUCGAAUUGGACCAUAAUCAGCAUCAAGCUGUUCCCGCGUCAUAUGAUGUUGCAGUAAACAGUUGCCUCGGGUUCGGAUUCAGAUAGGAAUUCGGAUUCACCGAGGUUGAAGUUGAGGAGGUUGUUCGUUGUUGAUUGUGAGAUCCCGGGGUUGAAGAUGGAGGAAAUGAGAGGAGGCGUCCCCACGUGGCAAGACGAGUUGGCGAGUCUUGUCGACACCGGGUUGCGAUACGAUGGAGCUCAGGUAGGUCUGUCGGUACCGGAAUCCGUGCUGAAGAGUUCGGGUUUCGGGUCGGUGGAUGGAUCCGGAUCCGAACGAGUGGAGAGCUUGAAGGAUCAAUUGACUGGGUUUAUGAAGUCAUGGGGAGAGAUGCUUCUGGACCUCGGGAAGGGAUGCAAAGACAUAUUGCAGCAGACGGUGGUCACUGAGGACUCGUUCGUGAUGCAGAAGCUCGGGAAACCGGCGGCUAAAGUGUCGAAGAAGCUAAGCUUUCUGAACGAGUUCUUGCCUGAGGAUCGUGAUCCGGUUCUUGCCUGGCCUGUGGUAUUCUUCGUCUUCCUUCUAGCACUUACAGCUCUAAGAUUUAGUUCAGAGAAUGAUGGAACAGUACCAGUGAUAAAGAAACUCCGGUUACAUCCUCUUGGUGCAAGACAUGUACAGCUUCCAGACGGUAGACAUUUAGCUUACCAGGAGCAAGGUGUUUCAGCAGACAGAGCAAGAUAUUCUCUAGUUAUGCCUCAUUCUUUCCUUUCCUCUCGACUUGUAGGGAUACCCGGAGUGAAAAGAUCGUUGCUAGAGCAAUAUGGUGUUCGGUUAGUGGCGUACGAUCUUCCUGGGUUUGGAGAGAGUGACCCUCAUCCUGGUCGGAACCUAAGCUCAUCGGCCUCUGAUAUGAUAAACUUUGCUUCUGCCAUUGGAAUCAAAGAGAAUUUCUGGGUGCUGGGCUAUUCCAGCGGUAGCAUGCAUGCCUGGGCUGUAAUGAGAUACUUUCCUGACAGAGUAGCUGGGGCAGCCAUGGUGGCUCCGGUGAUCAAUCCAUAUGAGCCAAGCAUGACCAAGGAAGAAAUGGCAAAAACAUGGGAGCAGUGGUUAACACGAAGGAAAUUCAUGUACUUUCUGGCACGCCGGAUGCCGAGCUUUCUUCCCUUCUUCUAUCGUAGAUCCUUCCUCUCUGGCGAGCUCGACCAUCUGGAUAACUGGAUGUCUAUAUCAUUCGGAGAAAGGGAUAAACUUCUGUUCAAUGAUCCAGCUUUUGAGGAGUUUUACCAGAGGAACGUAGAAGAAUCUGUCCGACAGGGAAGCCCCAAACCAUUUGUCGAAGAAGCUGCAAUGCAGGUAUCGGACUGGGGGUUUAGCCUUACCGAAUUCCGCGUUCAGAAGAAAUGUAGACGAGACAGCGUCCUUUCAUGGCUCAUGUCUAUGUACAGUGAAGCUGAAUGUGAGCUGACUGGAUUUCAAAAACCCAUACACAUAUGGCAGGGAAUGGACGACAGAGUUGCUUCCCCCUCGAUGACAGAAUACAUAAGCAGAGUUGUUCCCCAAGCCGUGAUCCAUAGGCUCUCGAACGAAGGCCAUUUCUCGUACUUAUUUUUCUGCGAAGAAUGCCAUAGACAAAUCUUCUCUGCCCUUUUCGGAGAACCCAAGGGUCCGCUCGAGAAAGUAGAAGAAGCCACAGAAGCCGAUGCACGAAAGGGUGCAUCAAAUGAAGCCACCAAAGAGUAAGGAAAAAAAAAAGUGAAAACAUACAGAGACUUUGAAGCCUUCAUGUUUUUUUGGGUGUAAAUACAUCAAAGAGAGGAUAGUGUUUUGUUUUUUUGGUGGAAAUGUUGAGGGUUGUAGGCCUCAGCGAAAUUCACAACAACGCCAAAAGCUGUCUAAGAGGAUCAUAUAUAUUUACAUCUAACACCAGCAGAAUUA